AUUUUAUUUAAAUGUCUAAUAAUGAAUAAGCUAAAAGAAGAAGAUCCAAAAGAGGAGAAAUAUAAGGAGAUUUCAAAUGUACAUCUGAUGGAUGUGGAAAAGAAUACUUGAGUUAUCCAGCUUUAUAUACUCAUAUCAAGUCAAAACAUGGGGCUGGAUAUUUAAAAAAUAUGUUAAGGCCGAAAGCAGUCGGCAGUAGAGGAAGACCAAGAAGAGAUGAAGUAUGCUUUUAUAUAAUCUAGUUAAAUACCCAUUAAGCUAUUGAGCAGCCACCUUUCUAUUUAAAAGUUUAAAUAGAAGCUAAACAAUCUAUUGAUGAUUUUUUACUUGAUUUAGUUGAGAAUAAAUAUAAAUAAAUUCUCUAAGCUGAAGCAGAAAUAAUUUCAAAGUAUGUUUUACUUUUUAUUUAGUGAUGAUUUGAAAAAUAAAAUUCAUUUCGUAUUUAAAUUUAUUGAAUCUAAAAAGGGUAAUAAAAUUGAAAAUGAUUCUUUUAUGAACACUUUUGUGAAUGUCUUAAAAAGAAAUGAACACAUUUAUGAAGUUGAAAAUAAUAUUAUAAAAAUUGGAUGUGAUGAAACUAUAUGUCUCUUUAUCAAAGAAUUAUCAUACACACUUAAUUUAAGAUUUUUAUAAGAAAUAUCAUAUUUUCUGUUAUGUUUUAGAAAUUAUAUACUUAACAAUAAUCUUAUGAAUAUUGCUCAAUUAUAAUUUGGUCAUUUGAUGAAUAAUUUUAUGGAGGAAAAAAUUAAUUAUUUUAAUGAAACAUUAUUAUAAUAGUUUUAUUCAGAACUUCAAGAUUAAGAUAAGUAAAUAUUAGAUAUAUCAUAGAUUAUUAUUAAAAAGUGCUAAAAGUGAAGAGUUACAAAAAAAAAUUGGGCUUCACUUUUGUAAUUGGUUAUUUCAUUCUAGAUAUACUGAAUAAUUAGUAUAAUUACGAUGA